AUGGAAGGAAAACCACGCAACGUUUAUGAAUGAACUGAAAAAUCUUCAGGCUUCAGGACUAACAACCCUUGGUCAGGCACUCAGGUCAUCAUUUGACUUGUUAAAUCUCAAUAGAUUAGUGUCUGGAAUAGACAACUAUGGACAGGGAAGGAAUCCGUUCUUUUUGGAGCCAUCUAUUUUGAUUACCAUCACAGACGGAAACAAACUGACAAAUACGGCUGGAGUUCAAGAGGAGCUUCAUCUUCCUUUGAAUUCUCCUUUGCCUGGAAGUGAACUAACCAAAGAACCAUUUCGUUGGGAUCAAAGGCUGUUUGCUCUAGUGCUGCGUUUGCCAGGAGCUGCAAAGCAGCUUGGGAGUGUGCCUACUGAUGAAUCUGCUAUCACACAGAUGUGUGAAGUUACAGGAGGUCGUUCUUACUGUGUUCGGACACAAAGAAUGUUGAAUCAGUGUUUAGAAUCUCUAGUUCAAAAAGUCCAAAGUGGAGUUGUUAUUAACUUUGAAAAGUCAGGACCAGAUCCAGCUCCUAUUGGAGAAGAUGGACUUGUUGAUUCAUCCAGGCCCAUCAAUUCAUUUGCUUCUCAACCGUGGCAUAGUUGUCAUAAACUCAUUUAUGUACGGCCUAACCCUAAAACUGGUGUUCCUGUUGGGCAUUGGCCAAUCCCAGAAUCUUUCUGGCCUGAUCAAAAUUCACCAACACUGCCUCCGCGCACAGCUCACCCUGUUGUGAGGUUCUCCUGUGUUGAUUGUGAGCCAAUGGUAAUAGACAAGCUUCCUUUUGACAAGUAUGAGCUUGAGCCUUCACCCUUAACACAGUACAUCUUGGAACGAAAGUCUCCCCACACCUGCUGGCAGGUAUUUGUGAGUAGCAGUGGAAAAUACAGUGAACUUGGCCAUCCAUUCGGGUAUUUAAAAGCAAGCACUACUUUAACCUGUGUAAACCUCUUUGUGAUGCCUUACAACUAUCCUGUUUUACUUCCGUUGCUAGAUGACUUGUUUAAGGUUCACAAACUUAAGCCAAAUCUGAAGUGGCGACAGGCUUUUGACAACUACUUAAAAACAAUGCCUCCCUACUACUUACUGCCAUUAAAGAAAGCCCUAAGGAUGAUGGGAGCUCCAAAUCUGAUAUCAGAUAAUUUAGAUUGUGGACUUAGUUACAGUGUUAUCUCUUACCUUAAAAAACUCAGCCAACAGACAAAAAUAGAGUCGGAACGGAUAAUAGGUUCAGUGGGUAAGAAAGUUCCACAAGAAAUUGGAAUAAAAGUGAAAAAUCACUCCAGUGGCCUCUCCUUGGUACACAGUAGGGAUUUUAAGCAGCUGCUGCAAGGGAUCACUGGGGAAUCUCCACUGAGACUGGCGGAUAUGAAUGUUAAAGAAUUUGCUGGCUUCCACAUAGGACUUUUAAACAAGGAUUUGAAGCCACAGGCAUUCAGAAAUGCAUAUGAUAUUCCUCGUCGCAGUCUUCUAGACCAGCUAAGUAGAAUGAGAGCCAAUCUUCUGAAAACACAUAGGCUUAUUUUGGGGCAGGAUGAAGACUGCCUUCAUAGUGUUCCUGUUGCUCAAAUGGGAAAUUACCAGGAAUACCUGAAAAUGAUGCCUUCACCCCUUCGGGAGAUUGACCCAGAUCAACCAAAAAGACUUCACACAUUUGGCAAUCCAUUUAAACAGGAUAAGAAGGGUAUGAUGAUAGAUGAGGCAGAUGAAUUUGUUGCUGGGCCUCAGAAUAAGGUUAAGCGUCCUGGAGAGCCCAAUACUCCAGCGUCACUAAAGAGAAGGCGUAGCAUGUCACCACUGUUGAGACGGCCACAGUCACCACCUGUCGUAACGAACCAUGUUGGUGGGAAAGGGCCACCCUGUGCUUCUGGAUCCCCAUCAUAUCUGAACCUCAAGGGUGUCCCAGCAAAUAAAGAUACCAAUAACAGUAUUGUCCAAGAUGGCAAUGGAGAGAAGAAAGCAGAAAAUUGUCAGUCACUGGAAAAGCAAAUUGAUGGCUUACCUGUGCAAAUGGCUCCAUUGGUUCCAGCUGCCAUGGGAGAGGAUGAAAUGUUACCCAAUGACUUAGACUCUCUACCCAUUGAAUUCAAUUGUUUAAGUGAAGAUGGGGUGGAUCAUAAACCUGGUACCAACGUGCUUGUUCGAGGGCCUCUAAACUACAGCGUGGCUGGAGACGACCAAAAACGGGUGAUGGAAUCUACUUCUGAAUCUGUGCCAAAUUCGUUUAAAAUAACACCUAUGAUGUUGGAGGGAAACAAUGCUGAUGUCAAAAUUAAAGUGAUGAAAGAGGUUCGCAAACCUGGAAGAAAUUAUGAAAAAAUUUUCUCUCUUCUUGAGGAGGUGCAAGGACCUAUGGAAAUUCAGAAAUACUUCAUUGAAUUUGCUAUCAAGGAAGCAGCAAGGUUUAAAAAACGAGUCUUAAUACAACACUUAGAGAGAAUACUAGAGGAACUAGAGUUCAACAGCCUACCCAACAGAGUUAAUCAUGUCAACAGUAGAUAACAACGUACCAGCCAGACGAAUAUGGACCAGGCAUGAGUUUGCUGUGCCGCAGAAGAGUGGAAGAGGAUGUAGCUGCUGCCCUCACCAUCUUGGCAGUCAAGUGAUUUUACUGUCACAGUCUGAGAAGAAGCAGUGGAGCUUUAACUUUAAGAACCUCUAUCGGCAGGAGCUGGGCUAUAACCUUAAGGAUUUGCUAUGAAAGGUGUGGCUUUUUUCCUGUGGAGGGUGCUAUUUGCUCAACAGGCUGAAGAAAAUAACCAUUGCUGCCCCUCCUGCAGGUGAUGAGAAUUUACUCAUUUGAACGCUGUCAUUAGACAUUUACGUGCUAUAGGCAGCAGGUUGCACUAAAAUGGGGCACUGUCAAAUGCACACACUGUCUGCAUCGUGGAGAGAGCCCGUGUGUUCCCAAAAAAAACCCUCCCAGAAACACCUGCAGUGGUAAAAUUGCAUGUUGCCACCACAGAGACAAGGGUCUUGUUCCCAAGAACUGCUAGCCAUGCCUUUUAAACUUGAGAUUCAGUGUAGAUUGAGAGUAAAGAAACUGCUAUUGUGUUAAUGAAAGCUAAAGACAGCCCUGUGACUGUUACCACCCGAUGGUCACUAAACAAUCUACCUCAGACUCUCUUCUGUUUUGUCUGCAGACAUUAUGAAAGUGCACCUGAGGCUUCCCAGGUCCCCGACUUCAGUUCUCUUUCAUCCUGUGAGGAGGACGGAGAUUCUUCAGGUGGCCUUGGCACACGCUGUGCUUUGGAAGCACUAAAAGGAAACGCUUUUAAAAACGUGUAUUUUAAUGUUCAUACAAAAGAGAUUAUUUUGAACAGUAUUGUUACCAGAUCACUAAUUUGAUAUUUUAACUGUAUAAAUUUUUUGGAACAUAUGUAUAUAUAAAAUAAACCAUUUUAUUAAUUUUUAAUAAGUGCUAAUCUGA